AUGAUCGAUGGUGUCGUCCCAAGAGCUCUCCGUUGGUACUGAAGUGGCUGAAAAAAUAUGUUACUGCUCUCCAGGCUUCACAUUCAGCAGAAUAUGAAGCAAAGGACUCAGUUAUUAGCGCAGAUACCGACUUUAACAACGAUGACAACAAGAACACGACCUCAUUACAGCUCGAUGCCCGAUCAUCACACUGGCGCAAUACAAUUCCCGUGAUUAUUGUAGGAGCAGCAGCGAUGAUAGUGACGGGGAUUGCGGUCUUCCUUUAUCUACGACAACGUUCGGAGAUACGUAAAGCAGAUCUGCAGAGCUCAGGAGCAAACCAACUAAGUAUGAGCAGUACCCAGAGCAGCCACGGUUCCAGAAAAAACCCCAACAACCAGCUCAAUGGCAGAGAAGAUAUCUUCGGGAAUCCACAUAUCCUUCGCGACUGUAUCGAGAUAUUAACGUCAUCACCUCUUUCACUAUCUCAGACUGGAACUGCGGAAAGUCACGCGUCUAAUAGUCCCAAACCGGAUUGCUCCAAGGACGCUGAUGUCCUCAAUACGUUAAUAAACGACCCGCAGUUGAAGCAUGCACAGAUCCCCUUUGAUCGCCUACAAUUCCAUCAUCUCAUAGCUCGAGGAGCUCAUGAAGUGUGGCUUUGUGUACUGCGCGAUCGUUGCGUUGCCGUUAAGAGACUACCCAAGGACGAGCGGAAAAAUUUGGACGAGAUACGGGCGUUUAUCGAGACUAUUCGAUUGAGUGCGUUUCUACAACAUUCGAGUAUUUUGAGCUUUAUUGGCGUCGCAUGGAGCUCCUUACAGGAUCUCUGUCUUGUGACGGAGUAUCUGGAACUCGGAGAUCUCCAGGACUAUCUCCGGCAAUCGAAUCCUAACCGGGAUCAACGUGACAUUUACGAAGAUUUCAUGAGCUUCUCCUUGUCAUGGAAAAGCGAGAAGAUGCAGCUCCUUCUCGAUAUCACGCGAGGCCUCGUCUACUUGCACCGUAAGCGUAUUAUUCACGGCGAUCUCAAAACCAGAAACGUGCUGCUGUCGGCUGAUCUGGAUGCCAAGUUGACCGGAUUUGGAGUUGUCGGCUAUCGCAGAGAAAACCAACUGGACAAGUCGCACACUUCUCGGCCAAAUACUCCGUUCUGGACAGCUCCAGAGGUUUUGGCGGGUGGAACACCGUCACGGAAAGCUGACAUCUACUCGCUCGGCAUUCUAAUAACUGAGCUGGAUACACAUCGGUCGCCUUACGCGACCGCCUUAACAGCUCGAGGUCGUCGAAUGCCACCGAGGCAAGUGUUGCAGCACAUCAUGUCGGGUCGCUUAAAGCCCUGUUUGUCUCCGACUUGCCCGAAUGAGAUCGUGGACUUAGUAGAAUUAUGUCUUCAGCCUGACCCGGACGCGCGUCCCAGCGCUAGUGAUGUCGUACAAGCCAUUCGAAGCAUUCCUGGUUUCAACCUCGAUGAGUUCAGUCUGUAG